UGACGGCGACGAUCCCGAUGUGCGCGUCAUGUGACGGCGGGUGCGCAGCAGGAACGUCUCCUAGGCUCAGAGAGACCCCGGCCAGGGGAGACACUUGUGCAGCAGCGGUCUGUAACCGCCCUCACCACGGAGCGCAUCACCGGGACCAGGCGGCGGCCGCUGCACCGCUUCCGGGGCCGGCCAGUCAGCAGCUGCUUUAGGCUAAGGGUAGCCGGGUGCUGCAAAUGGUUGGGCCGGAGGAUGCCGGCGGCCAGGGGGGUCCUGUCUUCUACCGCUGCGGGGAGGACCUGACCGAGGAAGGGGAAGAAACGGAGGAGGCCGGGGACGGGAGAGCGGACCUCCAUCUGUAUGGCUCCGGCACGGGCGUGAGAAUGACCAACGGCGACCUGGGCUACCUGCCCCAACCCGGCCUCAAGCUGCCCAACGGCGUAGUGAGCGGGAGCCCGGGCUGCGCCUGUCACCGGCAGUGCUGCUCCGCCGAGCGCUCCCACAGGCCGGGUCCCCCGGACACCUUCCCGGCCGCCGCCGAUCCUGCGGACAGCUCGUCCAGCUCCGAUUCCUCCCCGGUCAGCGCGCACACCGUGGCCGGCUACUUCGUGUCCGCCGAGGCCGAUCGCUUCCGUUUCCUGGAUGUCACCCUGAGCUCCCGCAACACGUUCGAGGUGAGCCGGCGGCAGAGCGCUCCCGACCACCUGGACGACGGCUUCGGCCUCUCGGAGGGGGUCCCGGGGCCACAGGACCAAGAAGAGGAGAGACCCUGGAGGAUGGGGAUCGCCGACUUCUUCUCCAGGAACUUCUUUUCAAAAAGAUCAAAGGACCAGAAAUCGCCAUCACUGAGUGCCCCUGGCUGGAAGUUGUUUGGUAAAGUCCCUCCUAGAGAGAAUACUCUGAAAGACUGUAAAAUGAUUCAGCAGGAUGACAGUUCUGGCAGUCUAUCGUCCGUCUCAACGCCAAAUCUAUUAAACGCAGGGGAAUAUGAAGCUCGCACAGGGAGGACAUGUAAAAUUCCAACACAAUCCACAAGACGUAAAAAAUGUGAAUUUGAGCCACUUUCUACAACAGCACUUAUCUUAGAGGAUCGGCCUGCAAAUCUUCCUGCUAAGUCCGUCCAUGAAACCAUGCGCCACCGACAAGAAUACGAUGAGAUGGUAGCGGAAGCAAAGAAACGAGAGGUAAAAGAGGCCCAGAGGCGGAAGAAACUAAUGAAGGCGAGAUUCAAACAAGAGGAAAAUAUUGCAAGCGCCAUGGUGGUCUGGAACACUGAAAUCCUGCCAAACUGGGAUGCCAUGCGAAGUACGAGAAGAGUUCGUGACCUCUGGUGGCAGGGAUUACCACCCAGUGUACGUGGCAAAGUGUGGAGCCUGGCUAUAGGGAAUGAACUGAACAUCACACCUGAACUUUACGACAUCUUCCUAUCCAGAGCUAAGGAGCGUUGGAAAAGUUUCAGUGAGACAAGCUCAGAAAAUGAGAUUGAAGAUACAGGGGUAUCGGUUGCUGACAGAGAAGCCAGUCUAGAGCUAAUUAAACUAGACAUAUCCCGAACAUUCCCAUCACUAUAUAUCUUUCAGAAGGGGGGGCCCUAUCAUGACUUGCUGCACAGCGUGCUGGGGGCAUACACAUGCUACAGACCAGAUGUUGGCUAUGUCCAAGGGAUGUCCUUCAUUGCAGCAGUGCUCAUUCUCAAUUUAGAAGAAGCUGAUGCAUUCAUAGCGUUUGCAAAUCUUCUGAACAAGCCUUGCCAGCUGGCCUUCUUCCGGGUAGAUCACAGCAUGAUGCUGAAAUAUUUUGCAGCUUUUGAAGUAUUCUUUGAAGAGAAUCUCCCCAAGCUUUUCCUGCACUUCAAUUCCUAUAGUCUUACUCCGGACCUCUACCUGAUAGACUGGAUAUUCACCUUGUACAGCAAAUCACUGCCACUUGAUCUUGCCUGCCGAGUGUGGGAUGUGUUCUGCAGGGACGGAGAAGAGUUUCUGUUUAGGACGGCUCUAGGAAUCCUGCGCCUCUAUGAAGAGAUCCUGUUACAGAUGGACUUUAUUCACAUAGCACAGUUCCUGACAAAACUGCCUGACAACAUCACAUCUGAGAAGCUUUUCAGCUGCAUAGCCGCUAUUCAGAUGCAAAACAGUAAUAAGAAAUGGACACAAGUAUUCACGUCACUAAUGAAGGAUUACAAAGAUGGUGACAAAAAUAGCCCUGCAUCGAAAACUUAAACGUAAUUAAAUCUUCAUGACCUUAAACCACUUUUAACAAGCAAAAGGGCGCAGUGUUUGUCCUAAGAUUGAAAACCACUACGGAUACGUAUGGCCUGAGCAAUCCCAGGGAACAGCACAUUGACUUCAAUGCCGUGAAAUACACAGACCAGCUUUUUUUUCUUGUCAGUAUUAAAAUGAAAACACAGAUCUGUGCAUUUGGUUUCUGGAAUACAUUAAAUGCAUUUUUUUUUUCCAGCUACAUAGGUCAUAUUAAACAUAAGAAAACAGAAGUUUAAUGCAAUAAACCUUUGUAACAGAACUUUUACUUGGUACACUAAGUUUUCAAGUAUACAUUUUUAAAAAUUAUAGAUGCACUUUUUAUUUCCCUUUUCAUUGGUAAAAGUGCAAAUGCUUCUGCAGGGCAUACAUUUAACUUUAGUCUGGACUGAGCUCUUUGGUACCAAUACAAGCUAGAGGCAUACAGAUUCAGUUCUGCAGAGGACCAAAUGCCUGUCUGAGAUUAUUAUUUUUUUUUGUGUGUAAGAUGGUUUAACAUCUGUAUGGGAAUGAAGGCAGCGCUCCCAUCCGCUAGACUAAUCAGACCAGUAUAUGUAACUGCGGCCAGCUACAGGAGGAAUGACGGACAAGGUGCCUAAGUGAAAGCAACAAAAUCUUUUAGGAUUUUUCUGCACUAUUCUCUGUACAAUCACUCCAUGCACAGUUCUCAUGACUGGCUCCGCUGACAGUCGUGCAUUUCCAAAGUGUUAGUAGCAUUUGUGUUUUUGUGUUUUAUAGUUGAACUGGUGGCUGGCACUCUCUUACUGGGGUGAGACAGCACAUGCACAAAGCCUGUCAUGCUUCUUCUUUCUGCCACAGCAUAUUACUUUUCAGCUAUUUGUUAUUUUCUUACAGUAAUAUAUUAUUGGUCUUACACAGUCAGUGACGUAACGGGUACAUGCAGGUUAAGCGAUAUUUGUUCUGUUUCAUUUUGUUUUCCAAUAUUCGGAGCCUUAUUCACAAACAUGGUGUUACUAAUGUAAUGUAAAAUAGUUUGAAUUUAGCACCAAAAUGUCAAGUUCACAAAUGCUGUAAAUGUUUAUGCUAAUAUUUUGACAUUAAGUUUCUAGGGUACGAUUCAGUUCAGCACAGGGGUCUGUCUCCGUAGAUUUAUGGCCUAUACAGAAUGGAAAUAUUGCUUGUGAAAGCUUAGACCAGCAAUAUUUCCCUGCCUGCUUAUCAUGCAAUUUAUUUAUUUGCAAGGUUCCUUUGGAAACCUGUGGCAAACAGAUUGCCCCACUUCAAUUGAUUGGUUUGCUGUCCUGUUUAAUUUAUGCUAAACAGAAUUUUUACUCUAUCCACACCUACAUUUUAAAAGGCCUUUUAUGUUCAAUAUAUUUACCCAUUACAUCUAACCAUGCCUCUGUGCUAAUAAUAAUAAAUGGUUUAAUAACUUUUGCUUUAAUUGUGUAGUGAAUAUACUAUUUGAGGACGUUCCCAGGUCUCGGCUCCCAAGUAGUAGAUUCUAUGUGUUUAUUGCAUUACUUUAUAAUGUUCGGUUAGCAAAUAUUAUAAUAUUCUGGGUGUCGGGGGAGCUUGGAACUCUGCCAGAAUACCAGCUUGUAGCUGUGACAUGGUGUAAGUGCACCACUACACAAACUUUUCUUUGCCAUUUUAAACAAUUUUGGUGUGAAAACGUCUUAACAUCUGAAUAUAACAAAAAAUGUAUUUACAAUAAUGCUAAUGUUUUUGAAUAAGGCCCACUGAUUUUUGGGA